AUGGCUGCACCUCUGCGUCAAGAAAAGGGCUUUUUGGCGCCUCAAAGCCUAAACUUGAAUUACCCGGCUCCCUUAAAAAAAUUUGGUUACCAACUUGGUGGGCAUGGUGAAAUAUUAUCCAUGAACGAGGAUUCUAUGAUCAUAAAGCCUUGUAACGAACUUGAGAGAGAAUUCUAUGAAAUCAGUGUACUACAUCCAGGAUUUGCCAGAUGGAUGCCGAAAUAUUACGGAACUUUACGACUACACGACUCUCAACCAUCUUUGCUAGAUCAGCAAGUUGAAAUUAACAAUCGUCCUAAAUUUAUAAAUUAUAUCCUUGACCCGUAUAUUCAAACAACACAAGCUAUUUGCAUAGAAAACGUCUUAAUCAAAUUUAAAAAACCAUGUGUAAUGGAUGUGAAAUUGGGUACACAACUCUGGGGUAAGGAUGCUGAUGAAAGAAAACGUCAGAAAGCGAUACGAAAAGCGGAAAGUACAACAUCAUCUUCUAUGGGAAUUCGUAUAACAGCAUCCCGGGUCUAUGGAAAAUCAUCAGAUAAUUAUACCCAUUACUCUAGAGAAUAUUGCAGAAGUCUUACUCCUGAUACUAUAAUGACAUGUUUUGCGGAUUUUUUUAUGGCAGAGAUAUCACUUAGUCAACGUCAGCUUAUAAUCGAUCGGUUUAUCGAAGAUUUAACAUUAUUUUUGGAAGACUUGGAAAACCAUGACGUUAGAUUACGUGGCGCAUCUUUAUUGUUCAUAUAUGAAGGGGAUCCUAAUGCUUUGAUGGAUGCUCUUAAUAAAGAAGAUGAAGAUGCUCAAAAUGAACAAAAGCUGGGUAAAUUAACAUCGGACGAAGAUUGUGCUGAAGACGAAGACGCAGAUUAUGACUCGGAUAUGGAUGAGGAUGAGGAUGAAGAAUUCAAAGUAACCGAGCUUAAGAUAAUAGACUUUGCUCAUUCACACUUUCAAGAUGGCAUUGGCAAGGAUGAAGGUUGUUUGCUAGGUUUGAGAAAUGCAAUACGAUGUUUGAAACAAGUUUUAAAUGAGAUGACUAAUUAA